UUUUCAAUUUUAAAAAUGGAAAAAAUCCAUAUCAUGAACAAAGGACGAAUGCAAUGUUGUCAAAAGGAUCAACAGCACGUCAACAAUGUGUAGCGUGGAAUGAAUGAAGAUUUCUUUAAAUAAAAUGAAUAACGGUUAAUUGCCAGGCAGAUCACUAUAACCAAAGCUCAACUAGUAUUCAAUAGAUGGCCAAAUGUCAAUGAAAAAGAUUUGAGGUUAGAAUUUUUAAAACAAUUUUCCGUAAAUAAACGAUAUAUUGAAAACUAUCUAGCUAGAGUUUGAAACAGAAAAAUGACCUCAACAACAAAUAUUGAGUUGGAUUUUGGAAUUGUUAAAAAGGAUUUAACAAAAGGUAUCCAUGAAUGCUCGCAAAGAGGACUGUAUCAUUCAGUGAAGUGGUUGUCCGAGAUCAACUAUGCUCUUAAACAUAUUUCUAUUCCGAGAGAAGAAAUGCCCGAGUUCGAAGACAAUACAGAUGAUGAAUUAGAAGAGUUUUUGUUAGCAAAAUCCUUCUUAGACUUGAAGGAGUAUGAUAGAUGUGCACAUUUUGUUAAAAACUGUAGUAAACCAAAGCCUCGGUUCUUAUACUUCUAUUCACGUUAUCUUUCAAAUGAAAAGAAAAAACUAGACAAUAUGACUGAUACAAAUUGUCCUCCAGAUCCAAGUAAGAAUGAUGCACUCAAGGACCUUUGUACUGAAUUAAAAAUAGAUUAUUUUGAUGAUAAGUUAGAUGGUUAUUGCAUGUAUUUAUAUGGAGUAGUUCUCAAGAAAAUGGAUCUCUUGCCACUUGCAAUAGAGAUGUUCAUCAAAGCAGUAAAGCUAGAACCAAUAUUAUGGAGUGCUUGGUUUGAAUUAGGAAAAAUCAUCCCUGAUAAGAUAACCAUUAUAGCUGCCGAACUUCCGAAUCAUUGGAUAAAGUACUUUUUCCUAGCCCAUACUUAUUUAGAACAGUUGAAUAAUGAAGAAGCAUUGCAAAUAUAUGAUACACUUUUUGAACUAGGAAUACAAAAUAGCUCAUAUGUUAUGUCACAAAUUGCACUUGGUCAUCACAAUCAAAGGAAUUUGAAUGAAGCCAUUGAAAUGUUCCAGAAGAUCUUAGAAUUAGACCCAUAUAGGCUGGAAAACCUAGAUACAUAUUCGAAUCUCUUAUAUGUUCUUGAAAAAAAGAAAGAACUUGCCGACUUAGCGCACAAAGUGGUGAACGUCGACAAAUAUCGUGUAGAAACAUGUUGCGUUAUAGGAAACUAUUACAGUUUGCGAUCUGACCAUGUCAAAGCUGUAUUGUAUUUUCGAAGAGCAUUGAAGCUCAAUCCUCAUUUUGUUUCUGCGUGGACAUUGAUGGGUCACGAGUAUAUGGAGAUGAAAAAUACGAAUGCUGCCAUUCAGAGCUACAGGCAUGCUAUAGACAUUAAUCCAAGGGACUACCGAGCUUGGUAUGGGUUAGGUCAAACGUACGAGAUUUUAAAAAUGCCAAACUACUGUCUGUACUACUACAAACAAGCACAGAUGUUAAAGCCCAAUGACAGUCGUAUGGUUAUUGCCUUAGGGGAAGCAUACGAAAAACUGGACAAAACCGAAAAUGCUCUCAAAUGUUAUUAUAAGGCUUGUGUCCUGGGAGAUGUUGAAGGAACAGCAUUAUUAAAACUGGCAAAAUUGUAUGACAAGUGCAAUGAAAUCGAAAAUGCAGCAGCUGCAUAUACUGAUUUCUGUUUGAGAGAAGAGGAUAAAGAUUCCAAAGGUUUUGAAGAUCAGACAGAAUUUUAUGGUGCCCUUCAGUACCUAGCAAACUAUCAUUUAAAGAAAGGAGAGUUGGAGGACGCGUAUACCUAUGCUUACAAAUGUAUGGAGUGUGAAGAGACGAAAGAACAAGGUAAGGCUCUUCUUAAGACAAUAGCAGCAAAACGUGCUGAACAGGAACCACCUCCUGCUGCAAGACUGGAAGAGUCCAGUGCCAGUAAUAUGGACAUGACGUUUUCGCCAAGUUGAAAUUGUAGCUAACCAACUUAAGUUAAUGUAAGGAACUAGUAUUGAAAUAAAGAUAAAGAGAUAUUUUUUGAAUGAUCAUAAUUUUUAGAAUUUAGUAAAGUGUUGC